ACUCAGGGAUAUAUUACCCGAAAUACCCCUAGGAAAUAAUUUAUUGACCAAUCGUAUGAUGCAAAGCCCACUCCAAAUUAUAAAUUCAAAUGUCAUCAAUUUCCAAUCGCACUGCGUCUGCUCUCAUUUGUCAUUUCUCUCUCUGCCUCUCCUCGUAACUGCACUUUCAAACCCCACUAAAUCCAGUGAGAGAAACCGCGCCGACCCUAUUUCCACCAGCACUACCAGAUUCAGAGCUAGGGCGAUGCCUUCUGGCGACGACAAUGGUGCUUUGAGUAAUUUCAAGCUCAACGAAUCGACCUUCUUAGCAUCGCUCAUGCCGAAGAAAGAAAUCGCCGCCGAUCGCUUCGUCAAGGAGCACCCCGAGUACGAUGGCCGCGGUGUCAUUGUUGCUAUUUUUGAUUCUGGUGUGGACCCUGCGGCUGUGGGGUUGGAAGUGACUUCGGAUGGGAAGCCGAAAGUUUUAGAUGUGAUUGAUUGUACUGGAAGUGGAGAUAUUGAUACCUCAACUAUUGUCAAGGCAGAUGACAGUGGGUGCAUUAAGGGGACCUCUGGGAAUUCUUUGGUUGUCAAUUCAUCAUGGAAAAAUCCAUCUGGAGAAUGGCAUGUUGGCUGCAAAUUGGUCUACGAGCUCUUUACAAGUACUCUGACAGAUCGAUUAAAGAAAGAGAGGAAAAAGAAAUGGGAUGAGAAAAAUCAGGAGGCAAUAUCAGAGGCUGUAAAGCAGCUUUUUGAUUUUGACAAGGUAAAACACCCAAAAGUUGAUGACACGAACUUGAAAAAGAAACGGGAAGAUCUCCAAAGCAAAGUGGAUCUUCUACGCAAGCAGUCUGAUAACUAUGAUGACAAAGGACCUAUUAUAGAUGCUGUUGUAUGGCAUGACGGAGAAGUUUGGAGAGCUGCUCUUGACACACAGAAUCUUGAGGAUGAAGCAGGAUGUGGGAAGCUUGCUAACUUUGUUCCUCUUACUAACUAUAGAAUUGAACGGAAGUAUGGAACCUUCAGCAAAUUAGAUGCUUGCACAGUGGUCCUUAAUGUGUACAAUGAAGGCAAUGUUUUGAGUAUUGUGACAGACAGUUCUCCUCAUGGUACUCAUGUUGCUGGUAUCACAUCUGCUUACAAUUCUAAGGAGCCUCUGCUAAACGGGGUUGCCCCUGGAGCUCAGAUAGUUUCAUGCAAGAUUGGAGAUUCACGCUUAGGUUCAAUGGAAACUGGGACAGGCUUAGUUCGAGCACUGAUUGCGGCUGUGGAGCACAAAUGUGAUCUUAUAAACAUGAGUUAUGGGGAGCCUACUUUGCUACCAGAUUACGGUCGCUUCGUUGACUUAGUAAAUGAGGUAGUGAACAAACAUCGACUGAUAUUCAUCAGUAGUGCUGGUAAUAAUGGGCCAGCAUUGAGCACUGUUGGAGCUCCUGGUGGUACAACAUCAAGUAUAAUUGGAGUUGGAGCAUAUGUUUCUCCUGCAAUGGCAGCAGGAGCACACAACUUAGUAGAAGCUCCUCCUGAAGGUCUUGAGUAUACCUGGUCAAGUCGAGGACCAACAGUCGAUGGGGAUCUUGGUGUUUCUAUAAGUGCAGCUGGUGGUGCUAUGGCCCCUGUUCCUACAUGGACUCUACAACGGCGCAUGUUUAUGAAUGGAACAUCUAUGUCAUCUCCAUGUGCAUGUGGAGGGGUUGCUCUGCUUGUCAGUGCAAUGAAGGCUGAAGGAAUUCCCGUGAGUCCCUAUAACAUACGGGAGGCUCUUGAGAAUACAUGUAUUCCAAUUGGUGGUUCUCCUGAAGAUAAACUGUCUGCUGGACAAGGGUUGAUGCAAGUUGACAGGGCAUAUGAAUACAUUCAAAAGUCACAAGAUGUUCCAUGUGUUUCUUAUCAAAUAAAGAUCAAUCAAUCUGGAAAGACAAUACCUACAUCACGGGGCAUCUACCUCAGAGAGGCUGAUUUAUGUCAACAGUCAACUGAGUGGACAGUGAAAGUGUCACCAAAGUUCCAUGAUGACGCUAGCAACUUAGAUCAACUUUUUCCUUUUGAAGAGUGUAUACAGUUAUGUUCUACUGCAGAGGCAGUGGUGAAAGCUCCAGAGUAUCUUCUCCUAACUCAUAACGGUCGUGAAUUCAACAUAAUUGUGGAUCCUUCCACUCUUGGCCAUGGUUUGCACUAUUUUGAAGUCUAUGGAUUAGACAGUAAAUCGCCAUGGCGGGGUCCUCUAUUCAGAAUUCCUGUUACUAUUACCAAGCCCCAAACAGUGAAGAGUCGACAUCCAGUUGUGUUAUUCCAAGGGAUGACUUUUGUACCGGGUCAUAUUGAACGCAAAUUUCUAGAAGUCCCAAUUGGGGCUACCUGGGUUGAAGUAACCAUGAAGGCAUCUGGUUUCUGUACAUCACGAAGAUUUUUCAUAGAUUCUGUUCAGAUAUCUCCACUGCUAAGACCCAUUAAAUGGGAAAGUGUAGCCACAUUUUCUUCCCCUUCUUCAAAAAACUUUUGCUUUGCUGUUGAGGGUGGCAGAACUAUGGAACUUGCAAUUGCUCAAUUCUGGUCAAGUGGCGUAGGAAGCCAAGACGUAACUAAUGUAGAUUUUGAGGUUGUAUUUCAUGGCAUCAGCGUCAACAAAGAGGAUAUUGUACUUGAUGGAAGUGAAGCACCUAUACGUAUUGAUGCUGAGGCUCUUCUUUCUUUGGAGAAUCUUUCUCCAGCAGCUGUUCUAAAUAAGGUGAGAAUUCCAUAUCGCCCUGUUGAUGCGAAACUGAACACACUUUCAGCAGAGCGGGACAGACUGCCCUCAGGCAAACAGACACUGGCUCUUGUAUUAACUUACAAGAUUAAAUUUGAGGAGGGUGCUGAGAUAAAACCCAAUAUUCCAUUACUAAACAAUCGUAUCUAUGACAACAAAUUUGAGUCUCAAUUUUAUAUGAUAUCAGACACAAACAAGCGUGUGUAUACAAUGGGUGAUGUUUAUCCAGACACUGCCAAACUUCCCAAGGGUGAUUACACAUUGCAGCUUAACUUAAGGCAUGACAACGUGCAGUACUUGGAGAAGAUGAAACAGUUGGUCUUAUUCAUUGAGAAAAACUUGGAUGAAAAGGAAGCGAUUCACUUAAGCUUUUAUUCACAACCUGAUGGACCAGUGAUGGGUAACUCCAAUUUUAGUUCUUCAGUCUUGAUUCCUGGAACAAAAGAAGCAUUUUAUGUGGGCCCUCCAGCUAAGGAAAAGCUUCCUAAGGGUGCUUCAGCUGGUUCUGUAUUGGUUGGGUCAAUUUCAUAUGGAAAGGUUUCUUUUGGGGUCAAUAAUGAUGGGAAGAAUCCAGAGAAGAACCCUGUAUCAUAUAGCAUAUCAUACAUAGUUCCACCAGCACAGGUUAAUGAGGACAAAGGACAAGGCUCUUCUUCAGGCUGUAGUAAGAGUGUAUCUGAACGGUUGGAAGAAGAGGUUCGGGAUGCCAAAAUUAGGGUCCUCUCCAACCUAAAACAAACUACUGAUGAGGAACGUUCUGAGUGGAAAAAGUUAUCAACCAAGCUAAAGUCGGAGUACCCAAAUUACACACCGUUGCUUGCUAAAUUGUUGGAUGCAUUGGUAUCCCAGAACAACUUUCAAGACAAAAUUCACCAUUAUGAAGAGAUUAUAGCUGCCGCAAAUGAAGUUAUUGAAAGCAUUGAUGCAGAAGAGUUGUCAAGAUAUCUUUCACUUAAAAGUGAUCCGGAAGAUGAGGGUGCAGAAAAAACAAAGAAGAAAAUGGAAACGAACCGCGACCAAUUAGCAGAGGCUUUGUAUCAGAAAGGCUUGGCUUUAGCAGAGAUUGAAUCAGCAAAGCAGGGCGGGAAAGUUGUGGAGACGGAGGAUGCUAAAGCUGCAACAGACUCCAGCAGUAAGCUGGAUCUGUUUGAAGAGAAUUUCAAAGAACUCCAAAAAUGGGUAGAUGUGAAAUCCAGUCGAUACGGAACCCUUUAUAUCAUACGUGAGAGACGUAAAGGGCGGCUUGGAACUGCACUAAAGGUUCUAAGUGACAUGAUCCAAGAGGAUGGCCAGCCUCCUAAGAGGAAGUUUUAUGACCUGAAGCUUUCGCUGUUGGAACAAAUUGGAUGGGACCAUCUGGUGUCGUACGAGAAGCAAUGGAUGAACGUUCUAUUCCCUGCGUGUCUACCUCUUUUCUGAGGUUUAUGCUCAUCUACUGAGCUACAAGUGCUUUCCCAGAUUGCUUCUGAGUUCUGCAUAAUGAAUAAAAAGACCAUGGUCUCCGAACUAGUUAGCUAGAGUUAAAUCCUAAACCGAGUCGUUUCAAGAUGUAUGUUUUAAUUUUAUUAAUGAUUAUAUGGACCAUUUUUUAAUCA